AUGGCGAAGAAGGCGGUGCUGAUCGGGUGCAACUAUCCAGGAACGAAGGCUGAGCUGAAAGGAUGCAUCAACGACGUGCGGAGAAUGUACAAGUGCUUGAUCGAACGUUACGGAUUCUCGGAGGACGAUAUCACGGUGCUUAUAGAUACAGAUGAUUCUUUUACGCAGCCUACUGGCAGGAAUAUACGCAAUGCACUUGCCGAUCUGGUGCGGUCCGCCGAGCCCCGUGACUAUCUGUUUGUUCACUAUAGUGGGCACGGCACCCGCGUUCCUGCGGAGACCGGCGAGGAUGAUGAUACUGGAUAUGAUGAGUGUAUUGUUCCUACUGAUAUGAAUCUAAUCACAGAUGAUGAUUUCAGAGAGCUAGUAGAUCAAGUUCCUGAGGGUUGCUGCAUCACGAUCGUGUCUGAUUCUUGUCACAGUGGAGGCCUCAUAGAUGAGGCCAAGGAGCAGAUUGGAGAGAGCACCGGGGGAAAUGAUGAAGAUGACAGCAAUGGAUCUGGUUUUGGAUUUAAGAACUUCUUGAAACGUAGUGUUGAAGAUGCUAUUGAAUCUCGUGGUAUUCACAUUCCACCUGAAUUUGGAUUUGGCCAUCAUCGUCAGCAACAAAAUGAGGAUGCUGGGGAAGAAGAAUUCACUGAAGGAGGUCAAGGGCUAGGCUACGUGAAGAACAAAUCCUUGCCCAUGUCAACUCUCAUUGAGAUACUCAAGCAAAAAACUGGAAAGGAUGAUAUAGAUGUCGGCAACAUAAGGCCAACACUUUUUGAUGCCUUUGGAGAAGACUCUAGUCCUAAGGUGAAGAAAUUCAUGAAUGUCAUCAUGAGCAAACUCCAGCAUCAAGGUGAAGGAGAGGGCGAGGGUGGUGGGUUUUUGGGGAUGGUUGGAAGUUUGGCCCAGCAGUUUCUGCAGCAGAAGCUUGAAGAAAAUGAUGAGAGCUAUGCUAAACCCGCCCUGGAAACACAUGUCGGUCGCAAACAGGAAGCCUAUGCUGGUUCAACCAAACAAGCACUCCCAGAUGGCGGGAUUCUGAUCAGCGGCUGCCAAACAGACCAAACAUCUGCUGACGCUUGCCCAUCAGGAAAUGCCAGCGAAGCUUAUGGUGCUCUUAGCAAUGCAAUUCAGACAAUAAUUGCAGAAUCAGAUGGCCAAGUGAGUAAGGUCCUCGAACAAGACUUCCGUUCCCAGAUGUUGAAGAGCCAGGGUUUCACACAGAGUCCAGGACUCUAUUGCAGUGACCAACACAUUGAUGCUCCUUUUGUACGCUAA